UUUUUUAUGUAUAAAAAAUUUUGUUUAUACAUAUAAAACAAUAAUUUUCAUGUGUAUAUUUUCAUUCUUCAUGUAAUGUGUGGUCUACAUGUAUUUAGGUUUAAACAGUCAUUUGCUGGAUAUUAUUUUAUAGUCAACAAUGUAGGAUUUGUUUUAUACUUUAUAUGCAAACAAGCUUGGUCACUCUGUAGUAGUUAUUUUUAGACCAGGCAGUGGGUCCCUAAUUAUUGCAGAUACCUAAAUUCCAUGUCCAAAUUAGGUAAUGCAUUGCAUAAUGGGCAGCUACAUCUCUGGUGGUCAGCCACCACGUGAUUCUCUUAUCUUAGCAGUAUUAAGUUUCAGUAACUACUUGUAGCAUCAUUCCUUUGUCCGGACUCUAGCUAAGCAGACGCAUUGUGUUUUUAAUUAUUAUUUUUUCAAACUUUCGACCAGCUUUACAAACCAUUAACGUUUUCUUUAAUUUCACGGGAUUUAACAUGGCAGACCGCCGCAGUGCACGAGCGAGAUCUAGUGCAGGUGCCCCGUACGAUCUCAACAGACCUGAGAAUUGGACAGUCGAGAAACUCAGAGAGGAGUUAAGAAAGAACAACGUUAGUUUUCGUCAGUCCGACAAAAAGAGUGUGCUAUUGAAGAAGGUUAAAGACUUGACUUCUAGUCGUAGUCGCGUGGAUCAUGAAGAGCGCCCCGUACAGUUAGCAUCGGGCUCGAGUAACAGAAACGGAUUCCAAGAUGGCGGCGACCAUCGCCAACUAAUGCAAACGAUCUCGACUCUUACGGAAACAGUGUCAAAGUUGCAAGAUGAACUAAGAAUCGUUUCAAGUAAAGUGCACAGCGAUCAAGCAACGAGUUCUGAUGCAGUGGAUACGGGACGGUUGAUCGCACAGGAACAGCAGAGGCCCGGGGACGAUCAUCACGAUGGCUUCACUCUACAAUCCGCCCUACGGAAUCCAAGCCAAAGUGUCGAGGAUGGACCGCUUCCGACAUCUGGCCCCACAAGCCGACCCUGUACCGAAGCCAUGCCCAGCAUAUUCGAGCCUCAUCGCGAUCUGAAGAACCAUGCCGAACAUUUAAUCGAUGCCUCCAUUGAGUCCAGCACUGCAGCUACAUACAGAGCAGGACUAGACUGUUUUUUAAGGUUUAUAUUGAUGUCUCGAAUGUGCUCAGCCUUUGAUAAAUUACCUGUCAUAAAUGAAGAUAUCCUUGUGUAUUUCGUAUCCCAUUGUCAACUUAUGUUAAAAUUGAGGUAUGAAACAAUCAAAACUUAUCUUGCUGGUGUACGUUUUUUCUACCUGAAAGAUGGCCAAUGUCUUAUGUUUAAAGAUUUUGAGAGGCUUCAUUGUGUCUUGCGUGGUGUCAAAAAGCAACAAUGCAACCUUAGAUCAAAGAGAUUACCGAUCACCUUUUCAAUUUUGUCUCAAAUGUGUGAUUGUCUGAACAAAGGUAUUUUUUCACCAAUGUUAGAUCUUAUGUUUGACUGUAUCUGUAAAAUGGCCUUUUUUGGUUUCCUAAGAUGUGGAGAAUUUACAACAAAUUUUCACAAGCAGAAAGAUUUUUUAACUAUACAAGAUGUCACAUUUUCAGAGGACGAGUCUUUUUAUAUCUUGAGGUUAAAUUCAUCAAAAACAGAUCCCUUUCGACAUGGCAUUGACAUUAAAAUUUUUGAGAAUUCUUACUUAAAUCCAGUAAAAACUAUGAAAAGGUAUCUCGAUAGACGCUUGAACCUUUGUCACACUCAAGAUCAUGCUGCUUUAUUUAUUGAUGACAAAGGUUACCCAAUGUCAAGGCAAUUUUUCUUAUUUCAUGUGAAACAAAUCCUCUGUAGAUUAGGUUUUGAUGAGACAAGAUAUUCUGGGCAUUCCUUCAGAAUUGGUGCAGCCACUUCUGCUGCUGCAGUUGGUAUUCAAGAUCACUUAAUUCAGUCAUUAGGUCGCUGGAAUUCAGACUGUUAUACAAGGUACAUUAGAAUCAAUCAAAAUACCAUCAAGUCUGCACAAACAAAAAUGUGCUCACUGUAAAUUACUGUAAAUUUUAUCUUCUUGGGGGCACUCACUCACAUCAAUUAUUGGUAUCCACUACAAUAUGAUGUUUAUUCGUUUUGGCCUGGUUACCCCCAAUUCAGAUAAAUUUCUAUGCAUUAUGUAAUUAGUUAUAUCUACCCGCUGGUGUCAACCCGGGUCCCUGCAUUUAAACCUGAUGGUGUCAACCCAGGUUCCAUCCCUUAAAUCCCGAUGGUGUCAACCCGGGAACCAUUCCUUAAAUCCCGAUGGUGUCAACCCGGGAAAUACUCUUUAAAUCCCGAUGGUGUCAACCCGGGAACCAUUAUUUACCCGACGGUGUCAACCCGGGUUUCUUAAGUUACAGCUAAUAAUUUCCUGAUGGUGUCAACCCAGGAGUUUUUCAGUUUUAUAUGUGAGUAGCCCCCGAGAAGGCCAAAUAUGUUGUAUUUUGUGUGAUUUUUAAUCUAUGCUUUGUCAGUAGAUUUAUUUGUUGUGCUUUUGUUGGUGUUUAAUAAUUGUAAAGUAUUUUCAUGUGUAGGUUUAAUAAAUUGUUCAACAUACUUUGAUUUGCUCUUGAUAUAUGUAUAAAAUGUUAUUUUUUAUGUAUAAAAAAUUUUGUUUAUACAUAUAAAACAAUAAUUUUCAUGUGUAUAUUUUCAUUCUUCAUGUAAUGUGUGGUCUACAUGUAUUUAGGUUUAAACAGUCAUUUGCUGGAUAUUAUUUUAUAGUCAACAAUGUAGGAUUUGUUUUAUACUUUAUAUGCAAACAAGCUUGGUCACUCUGUAGUAGUUAUUUUUAGACCAGGCAGUGGGUCCCUAAUUAUUGCAGAUACCUAAAUUCCAUGUCCAAAUUAGGUAAUGCAUUGCAUAAUGGGCAGCUACAUCUCUGGUGGUCAGCCACCACGUGAUUCUCUUAUCUUAGCAGUAUUAAGUUUCAGUAACUACUUGUAGCAUCAUUCCUUUGUCCGGACUCUAGCUAAGCAGACGCAUUGUGUUUUUAAUUAUCCCACCCACCAUCCCCAUGCUUCACCUUUUGUAUGCUUUAGAUAAGACAUUUGUAUUUUAAUUUGUUCUCAAUGCAGUCGUUGGGGCUCUCAAAAUUAAUUGUAAAAAAUUUUUAAGUUUUUUUUUUUCUUUUCUUUUUUUAAACUGGCCUGGGCCUGGUUACCCCCAAUUCAGAUAAAUUUCUAUGCAUUAUGUAAUUAGUUAUAUCUACCCGCUGGUGUCAACCCGGGUCCCUGCAUUUAAACCUGAUGGUGUCAACCCAGGUUCCAUCCCUUAAAUCCCGAUGGUGUCAACCCGGGAACCAUUCCUUAAAUCCCGAUGGUGUCAACCCGGGAAAUACUCUUUAAAUCCCGAUGGUGUCAACCCGGGAACCAUUAUUUACCCGACGGUGUCAACCCGGGUUUCUUAAGUUACAGCUAAUAAUUUCCUGAUGGUGUCAACCCAGGAGUUUUUCAGUUUUAUAUGUGAGUAGCCCCCGAGAAGGCCAAAUAUGUUGUAUUUUGUGUGAUUUUUAAUCUAUGCUUUGUCAGUAGAUUUAUUUGUUGUGCUUUUGUUGGUGUUUAAUAAUUGUAAAGUAUUUUCAUGUGUAGGUUUAAUAAAUUGUUCAACAUA